UUAGUGAAUUCAAUGCUCUUGAAGUUGUGAGUAAAAUGGUUUCUAUGUACGAAAAAAAUUAUCCGGAAUAUCUAAAGUUCGCAAUGAUAAUAAAUGCUUCAUGGUACUUCCAGAUUGCAUUCAACUUUGUGAAACCUUUAAUCACUGGACAAACCUUAAAUAAAGUUAAAAUAUAUGGUAAAGAUGGUUGGCAGGAAGAUCUGCAGAAAAUUAUGGAUGUUAAUGAAUUACCAGCUUUUCUAGGAGGCAAUAAAACAGAUCCUGAUGGUGAUCCUAUGUGCAGAACAUUCAUAAAUCAUGGCGGUGUCGUUCCAGAAUGCCUUUAUGCUCUAAACCGCAGAGUUUCUUUAUCUGGUCAACCAAAAGUGAAAAAAAUUUCUAUUAAUAGGCUUUCAAAAGUUCAGAUUGAACUUCAUGUAUUAUAUCCUGGAGCUGAAAUUGAAUGGGAAUUCGAAACUAAAGGAAAGGAUAUUGGUUUUGUACUAUUGUAUAAGGAAAGCAAAUAUUCCAGCAAGGAGCCCAUAGAGGUUUUUCCGAGGCAAAGAGUGGACACAAGCAUUGCUUCUGAGAGUGGUGUAUUCAAAACUGAAAAGGCAGGAAACUGUAAGCAUUAAUAAUAAUUACUCUUAAAUACUUGUAAACGUAAAAUCACUUUUAACUCAUUCUAAUAGACAAGGCUAACAUCUGA